AUGUCAUCCACCCCCGAGUCCCCCUCUCCCCGCCUCACUGAAAGCUUUGACCUCAAGGUCAGUCCUAAGCUCCCACUGCUGACUUUCAGCUCUAUGCCCUUGACCCCUCCCCUGACUCCCCCCAUCUCACUCUCUCCAUCGAAACAGUCUAAACCUUCCUCUGUGAAAAUUCACUCCCCAAUCGAUAUCACAUCCUAUCCCUUGCCCCCUGAUUCUUGCUCGUACUCCCUUCAUAUACCUCUCAAGGCCCAUCUUGCGCUCGCCCACCCCAAUACCCCCCCCAGCGUGGUUUCCUUUUGCGCUCGACGUCUACUCUCGCCCGAGAUACCCCAUGGCUUUGAAUCCGAGUGGGAGUGGAAGCCCAUCCAUUUGCAGGAGAACGGGCUAGACUUGCAGACGGCGGGCGUAGGCAAGGAUGCGACAAAGGAGUUGAGGGAGGGUCAGAAUGGACCUGGGAAGGAGGCAGAUGAAAAGUUGGAGAUGAUGUAUGGAGUCGCCCGAACGAGCUGGAGGAUCUUGGAGUCCAAGGUGCCCACUGAGAACUCGGACCCCGAGCACCUCGGAGGACCACCGUCCCCGCCCUCUCCUGCUCCAGAAGGGAACGCGCCGCCGCCUGCGGAAGAAGUCACGCAUUUGCGUCUAGGGGCGCAUUAUGGAGGAUUAGUGCUGGCAAGUAUGCUGGGGUGUCUAGUCAGACUAGGGCUGAGCGCUUUGGGUAAAUAUGAUGGUGCUCUCAUAUACCCUUUGGCCUGGUCACAAGGCGUGGGGAGUGGUAUCAUGGGACUUUCUCUCGGAUUGAAAAACGACAUAUCUGCACUUUAUCCGCCUCUAUUCACAUUCCUUACGACAGGCAUUGCUGGAUCAAUAACGACCUUCUCUUCCUGGAUGUUGGAGGGCUAUCUCGCUUUCAGUAACUUUGGGAAUUACGAUCGCAAAGGCUUACAUGAUGUGAGUUCUUUCCAAAUCGACACCGAGCGUGGAUGA